UCUGCCCCUUUCCUCUUGUUGGAGCCUAUCAGCAUCCGGGGGGUCUAGGCGUGGCUCGCUAUUUUCUGCUGAAAACAAAACCGAAAGCAUUACUUCGAACCAAAUAUGUGGCAGACGAUGUUGUUGUUGUGCAUGCUGCUGCUGAAACUCAAAGCAGCAGCUAACCCGCAGAUCACCAGCUUUGGUGCAGAUACAGCUGACUACGGAUCAGACGCGCAUUACAAAUGCGAGCUGCAGAACCAGAAAGGAUGCAGGAUGUGUGCAUGUGCACGAGGACAAUGGAUCCUUUCAUUAUCGGUGUGCUUCAGGUUACCUGGCAAAGGCGCCUGAAGGACGGUUCUGUGGAGAACUUGGCGUCCUACAGCAAGUGGCAUGGGCAACAGGUCAAUGAGCCUUACCAGGAGAAGGUGAUGCUCACCGAGGCGUCCCUCAGCUCGGCGUCCAUCACCCUAAAGAACCUCACGUGGGCUGACGAAUGUUGCUAUAUCUGCCAGUUCAACGUGUAUCCAGAAGGGUCCAAGAAAAAGCAGAGCUGCCUCGCCGUCCAUGGAAUAUCUGAAAUGCAAACAAAGGUGUACCCUUCCACCGGCGACCUGGCAGACACAACCAAGCAGGUUACGUUCAGUUGCUCCGCCACAGGGAAACCAGCGCCCUCCAUUCGCUGGCUCUUCUCGCCCAACGUCACCAGUUCGCACGAACCGUUGGCCGCCAUGGAAGCCAACGACGACCUUACCUUGACCAGCAGUAGUAAUGUUACAGUGCUUGUGUCUAGAGGCUGGACGGGACAUGCUGACUGCGUUGUGGAUACCGGGGGUCGGGGACUGAGGAUGGAGAGGAUCGCUUUUUCCUGGAAUCCCGAUCUAGGAAAAAAGGAGGGGGAGACAGGUGGAUCACCGUCACGAGGAAUGGUCCUUGGUAUUGUUUUGGGUGUUCUUGCAGUGAUUAUGAUCAUUAUCAUCAUUGCUAAGUGGAAACAAAAAAGGUUGAAAGACUACAAAACACCUGAAGCUGUUGAAGCGGUUUAGCUCUCCAGACAUUUUAUGGAAUCCACAACAGGAAGUAUGUGAUGAUCUUCACCUGUAACUCAAACAUACCUUCUUGUGUUUAUGUAAAUGUAGCAGAUUAUAUUACAAGUAUAUUGUUGUUAUAUAAAGUAAAGGGUUUUGUGGAAUGACUCUGUUUUGGACGAUAAGGUAUGUUUGGGGAAAGUAAGGUCAAGUGUGGGUUUUUGAGGCUGAUGAAGAGGCAUGAAGAGUUUCCACCUCCUGGAACUCCACCUGUAGCGCGACCUAGUGGACUUUUAAGUGAAGUAAUGAAAAAUGAGACAUCUUAACUAUGAUCAGUUUAGCUCAGGGGUGUCAAACGAACAGUUUUUUUUGCGGGAUGAGUUUGCUAAGUAUAAAAAUGAGCAGAACAUUUUGGAAUGAAAGAAACUGCAGUUCUAAAUGUGUCCACUAGAUGUCACAAUAGCAAUUCUUUGUAUCUUUGUAGAUGAUGCUACAUAUGUAAAAAAAUAAAAUAAAAUAAACCACAUGAUGUUACUGCAUAAAUAACAUCCUGUAUUUUGAUUUUGAUAUUAUUCUUUUAUCUUGUAAUGAUAAUAAUAAAAAUAAUAAUAUCAAUAAUAAUAAAGAUAAUGAUAAUAAUAAUAAUAAUAAUAAUAAUAAUAAUGAUAAUGGUAAUAAUAAUGAUAGUAAUAAUAAUAAAAAUAAUAACAAUAAUAAUGAUAAUAAUAAUAAUGAUAAUGAUGAUAACAAUGAUAAUAAUGAUAAUAAUAAUAAUGAUAAUAAUAACGGUAAUAAUUGACACCAAUGAGUUGACUGUAUUCAGAAAGUAUAAAUAAUGACAAAUAAAGAUAGAAUACUAUUAACAUAUAAGGGUAAAAAAGAAAAAACUACAUUAUGAUUUGUACAUUUUCAGAAUGUGCUUGUUCUAUUUUUUUUUAAAUAAUCAGAAGUUGUCUUUAUUUUUAAAUUAUCGCGCCGUGAUUUUACCAGUCCGGCUCACUUUGGAGUAGAUUUUUCUCCACGUGGCCCCCCCAUCUAAAAUGAGUUUGACACCCCUGGUUUAGCUUAUAUCUUGUUUCGUAAGUAAAUUGCACUUUUUUUUUGCGUGUUUGCACUUUAAAUGUCAUUUUUUUGUUCAUCUGUUCUAUCUAUUAUUAUCUAUUAAUAUCUAUUCAUAUUAGAGCUGGGCGAUAUGGCCUUUUUUUAAUAUCUCGAUAUUUUUAGGCCAUAUCACGAUACACGAUAUAUAUCUCGAUAUUUUUCCUUAGCCUUGAAUUAACACUUGAUGCAUAUAAUCACACCUGUAUGAUGAUUUUAUGUGUCGACAUUAAAACAUUCUUGUUCAUACUGCA